AUGAUCCUUUACAUCUGGGGUACUGCUGGUAACGCCACUGGCGGUGGAGUGGCUCAGCCCAAGGACGAGUGCUCUUGGGGAUGGGGAUGGGGCGCUCCCGGAAGCACUUCUGGUGGUGGUUCCGCUCAGCCCAAGGAUGGAUGCCAUGCUUGGAUGUGGGGAACGGCUGGCAGCAGCUCUGGAGGCGGCGUGGCUCAACCCAAAGAUGAGUGUUCUGCGUGGACAUGGGGUUGGGGUGCUCCUAGCAGCAGCCCCGGUGGUGGUGUGGCUCAACCAAAGGACGAAUGCUCUUGGGGAUGGGGAUGGGGCGCUCCCGGAAACACUUCUGGUGGUGGUGCCGCUCAGCCUAAGGAUGGAUGCCAUUCUUGGAUGUGGGGAACUGCUGGCAGCACCUCUGGCGGUGGCGCGGCUCAGCCCAAGGAUGAGUGCUCGGCCUGGACCUGGGGAUGGGGAGCUCCAGGCAGUAGCUCUGGCGGCGGUGUGCCCCAGCCCAAGGACGAGUGCUCUUGGGGAUGGGGAUGGGGAUCCCCGGGCUCCGAGUCUGGUGGCGGCGAGGGCAUCCCAAAGGACGGCUGCACAAUGUUAAUCUGGGGGUGGGGAUCGGCCGGUACUUCUGCUGGUGAGGGCGCACCUCUGUCCAAGUGA